AAGGAAGGGCGGAAAUGUCCUAGACGGGAGGGGGACGCGAGGCUUGUCGGGGCGGUGGAGGAGUCGAGGUUUCGGCUGCCUGCAACGCGGAGGACGGCUUUGGGUCUCUCGGUCGCUCGCUCUCUCCGAACACGCGUCUUGUCCUGGAGCCACGGAGGUCUCGAAGCGUCUACGCCGAGGAUUAUUUUAUUUUAUAUUAUAUUAUAUUCCCACCACUCCGUGUUAGGCGUUCAUUCAUUUCUCGAUGAUGGUGAUGUUGCUGCCAGUCGCUUUCGUUACCAAACUCGGUUGGCAAGGCAUUGGGGAGAUGAGUUAGGAAAACCAAAGCGGCACUCUUCUGCUCUUUAGGGACUGGCAAAUCGAAGCUUGCAAAAUGAACGAAAGCAUAACGUCGGCUGACAACAAUAACACGGAUGAGGAGGGGAAAGACUUUGCUGACAGCUUUAACCAGCUUGAGCUCCUGGAAACCCACCGGCAUCUCAUCCCUAGAGGAACCCAGAGUCUUUGGUCUGGAGACUCUGAUGAGGAAGACCAGGAAGAGAAAACAGAGGAAUGGUACCAGGCUCAAGAGAAAAAAUUGGCCAACAGCCCAGGAAAACUUCUGCUUUGGGCAGCUGAAAAAAAUAGGCUUAGCACAGUGCAGAGGCUCUUGUCUCAAAACCUUGUGUCUAUAAAUGUCCAGGAUGAAGAUCAGUACACUCCUCUUCACCGCGCUGCCUACAACGGACACAUGGAAGUGGUGCGUGAGCUGAUUGCUCAUGGGGCAGAUAUCCACGCACUGACCGUGGAUAGCUGGACACCUCUGCACAGUGCGUGCAAAUGGAACAACACCAAAAUCGCCUCCUUCUUGCUCCAGCAUGGGGCAAAUGUCAACGCUCAGACCAACGGGUUGCUUACGCCUCUGCACUUGGCAGCCGGAAACAGAGAGAGCAAGGAAACCCUGGAACUGUUACUCAUGAAUCGAUACUUAAAGCCCAAUCUCAAAAACAACUUGGAAGAGACGGCUUACGAUAUCGCUCGAAGGACUGAUAAAUACCACUAUCUGUUUGAAAUCGUCGAACACUGCACAAACUCCAUCACGGAUUCUUAGGAGUUGUAUACCUAGCCCACAUGGCCGGUGCGCUUUAAAGAAAUCUAUUUUGUCAUUGCAUUCCCAGCUCUUUGUGUCAUAAUUUAGCAGGGGCUAAAAUGAGGCUCUGUUGAGUAACACUGACAUUAUUUUUAUAAGAUAGGUUAUAUGUCUAUGGAGAUUCUUAAAUCAUCCAGGUCAUGAUUGUCCCAAAGGUGGGGGGGGGGUUUCCCCAAAAGACAACUGGACUUUCUUGAUCUUUUUUUUUUCCUCUUGAAAAACAUUUUCCUUUUGAAAAUGUUUCGCUUCUCAUCCAACAAGAUUCUUCAGUUCUGAACUUUUUGAAUGAGAAGGGAAACAUUUUCAAAAGAAAAAUAAAACCAGCAAAGUCCAGUUGCCUUUUGGAAUAAAGCGCCAUUUGGGAUAAGAUAAGCUAUGCUACCCUUGUGGAAUGUUUUCACUUUAACUUGAAAAAACAUGGUUAUUUUGCUGCUUUCCCCAUCCAUUGUAAAUGGAAAUCAUUCACAGAGCCACAAAGUAACAUGUAAAUAUACAGUUUGGAGGAGCAACACUCUUCAAAUCCUUGGCACCUCCUUUUUAAGGUGUGUGAAGUUUUAAUGAGAUUUACCUGGUGACUGAUAAUUUUCAACAGAGAAGAGCAUGGAAUUUAAACUAUUGCCAAAACCUGGGGUAUUCGCACACAUAUCAAAAUAGCAGCCGCCAAAAAAAAUAGAGCUACCUGGUUAAUAAUGUGAUGGGAUUAAGAUUUCCAAAAUCUACUUCAGUAUCUGCAUAAGAUAUACCUGUAUCUAAUUCCUUAGUUGCCAAACAUUGCAUUUUAUGUUCUCAGGUUUUGCUUUUGAAAGUGACUGUAUGGUUGCCUAUGUGUAGAAGUGUUUUGUUUACAUUUUUAUUGAUCAGGUUUCCGAGUUCAAGUUACCUGAGUUUUUAGAACUUCAUUAUCAGAAUUGCCAAUUAAUAUGUCCAAUGGUCAUGUGGAUUGGCAGUUCAGGGAGUUGCAAUUGCAGCACAUUCAGAAGUCAACAGUUUGGUGAAAGCUGUUCUAGGUCUUUGAUAAAUCACAUUUAAUUGUUCAUUUUUUAAAAUGGUUUGUGUUCCUUCAGCAUCGCUGCAAUUCACAAACUCUUACUCGUAAUAUUUCAAAGUUGUUUUCAGCAACAGAAAACCCUACAGCUGACUGGUCCAAAGAUUGCUUGGAAGUACCUUAUUGUACAUCUGCUUGCCUUCUUGAAUUAUGUUUUGAAUUUUUGGAAAACUUUGGGUUGUCAUUCAGAAAUAAUCUCUGAAAUUUAUUCACAGAUGCAUGAAAAAAUCAUUAUGCAUUUGGUUCACUAGCUCUGAAGAUACUUAGAGUUGGUUCACAUAAUUCUUUGAUACACUUGAGAUUGAAAAAAAAUAUUCUUUGCAAUUUCCUUGCAUUGUACCUGAUAAAAAUUACAUCACUCUUUCAUGAGAUUUUAUGUGCAUGUUUGUGGUUCUGUACAGAAUGUGAAGCAGCAAUUGUGUUUGUGAAAUGAAGAGUGGAAAAUGUGCUGAGUGUGGGAAUUACAACUGAGCUUUCUGCUAAAAUGAUGAGUUUGUAAGAAUACAAGUAUCUUUUGCUGCCGUUCAAAUUUCUCCUGUGCACGCCGUCUGCUACUUUGAAUGCCUUGUGUGAACCAGCCCUGAUCUAAAAAAUAAAAUCCCUGUAAAUGUGGGAUUUGUGUGGUUUGCUGUAGCAUGAUGUACUUUCGGUGUAAAAUUAGUUGUUUUGAUUCAUUAAAGUUAUUUCUGAAUAAGUGA